AUGGCACCAAACACCAACAAACGACCCGUACGUAUUGGAUGUUACUCUGCCUUCCUUGGCGAUUCUCGAGAUGCAGCAGCCCAAUUAGUACGUGAAGAAGGAGCCAACUUGCACUACCUUGUAGGCGACUAUCUUGCUGAGAUUACGAUGGGUGUGCUUGCCCUCCGAAAACAUGCACGUCAAAUGGUCCCUGGAUUAAAAGACAUCGAAGGUGGCACACUAGCAGUCGAUUACAUUGGACAAUUCCUUGCCUUUGUCCUUAAGCCUCUAUUACCCGAUCUCAAGCGAAACGGCACAAAGGUGAUCACCAAUGCUGGUGCACUUGAUCCGCUCGGUUGUAAAGCAGCUGUCGAGGAGCUCUUGAAAGAACAAGGAAUCGAUAUGAAAGUAGCAGCUGUCUAUGGUGACGACAUGAUGCCUGAAAAGGGGGGUAUCGCCACAUUUGAUGCUUUCAAGAAUGAUGUUGUGUCAUUUUCUCCCACGUCCGUCACCGAACAUACACGUGAUGCUGAUCGACUUCCAACAAGUAACGAACCGAUCAUGUCAAUGAAUGCCUACUUUGGUGCCAAAGGUGUUGCAGCUGCCUUGGAAGCAGGUGCUGACAUUGUCGUUACCGGUCGUGCUGUUGAUUCAGCCAUCGUCGUUGGCCCAUUGAUGUAUGAAUAUGGAUGGACACCAGAAAAGAAUAGCAAUUAUCAUGAUCUUCUUGCUGCUGCCUCUUUAGCCGGUCAUAUCAUUGAAUGCGGUUGUCAUGCUACUGGCGGAAACUUCACCGAUUGGAAAUUAGCAGCAUUUUCUCCCUAUGGUGGAUAUGCCAAUAUGGGAUAUCCGAUUGUCGAGUUUGAAUCAAAUGGCGAAUUUAUAGUCACCAAACCUGAACGCACGGGUGGUCUUGUAACACCUGCCACUGUGGCAGAACAAAUUUUGUAUGAGACUUUGGAUCCUGCUUUAUACAUUCUCCCCGAUGUCAUUCUCGAUAUGCGACAGGUGCAACUUACUCAAGUAGCCAAAGACCGUGUUCAUGUAAAAGGAGCUCGAGGAGUUAAGCCUACACCCUAUCUCAAGUGCUGUGGCAUCUUUAUGGAUGGAUGGGUUGUCAAUGGUACCUUGAUCAUUGGUGGUGCACAAGCCAAAGACAAAGCUGAUGCAGUGGGUCAUGCCAUUAUUGAACGCACAAGACGCAUGCUCAAGGAACGUGGUAUGGAAGAUUAUCGUGCCUACAACGUGGAAACACUUGGUUCGGAAGCAUCACUUUAUGGUGCAACGUCUCAAGCUCAUGGAACACGUGAAGUGGUGCUUCGCAUAUCGGCUAUUCACAAUGAUCGCAAAGCGCUGAGAAUCUUGUCAAGUGAAAUCUUAGCUCCUGUCACUUGUAUGGCUCCAGGCACUGGUUUUGGUGAAGUUCGACCACCAUUGCCCAAUCUCGUUCAUUUCCCAUGCUUGCUACCCAAAACCAUGAUUAAAGCCCAGGUUGCUGUUGGAACAGCUCGGCCACAAUUGAUUGAAUGGGAUGCUUGGGAUGACACCCAUGCUUAUGAACACUCGACCCCUGUGCCAUCCAUUCCAGAACCACCUGCCAGCGAACUUGGAUCGCUCGUCAAGACCAAAUUGAUCAAUGUGGCCUAUGGUCGUAGUGGUGAAAAGGGUGAUGUCUCUAAUAUUGGUAUCAUUGCACGUGACCCCAAAGUGCUACCUUACAUCAAGCGUUCGGUGACUGAAAAAGUGAUGGGCGAGUUUAUGAAACACCAUUGUCACGGGACCGUUAAAAUGUACGAAUUACCUGGAUUGCAUGCACUCAACUUUGUAUUGACACAAGCAUUGGGCGGAGGUGCAUUGACAUCACUUGUAAUGGAUAAGCAGGGCAAAUCAUUCGCUCAGCUAGCUAUUAGUGGUAUCGAUGUAGAAGUCCCAGCAAGCUUUUUAGCCACAGAGUCAAAGAUGUAG